AUGGCAGAUGCUGUUGCGAAUGUGUCUCUGGAAAUCCUUCGUGAUUUGCUGGUUGAAGAAACUAAGUUUCUGCUUAGUGUUGGCGGUGAUGUUGAGAAAGUCAAAGCUGAUCUGAGAAGCAUCCAUGCCUUACGCAAUUCUCCAACUCUAAAGCUUUACAUUUCCCAACUCAAAGAUCUUGCUUUCAAAGCUGAGAAUCUGCUUGAAACGUAUGCGGUCGAAGUUGAAUCCAAAAGGGAAGAAGGGCGGAGGAGCCUCAAGGAUAAAUUCAAAAGGUACAUUUGCAUCAUGUGUGAGUGCAGCAGUGUCCACGAGGUUGGGAAUGAGGCUCGCGACAUAAUAUCUGCCCUGGCCGACCUCACUAAAAAGUUAGAGUCAGAGUUGGAUCAUCAAGGCUCAUCAUCUCAUUCCAACCAGGAAGCUGAGCGUCUGUUGAGACAGACGUAUGGUCAUGAGGUUGAGCAUGAUUUUGUGGGCAUGGAGAAAGACAUCCAGCUUUUGGUCUCCAAGGUGAAGGACGAAACCAGAAGAAAACGAGUAGUGAAGAUAUAUGGGAUGGGUGGUCUCGGAAAAACUACUCUCGCCAGAAAGGUUUACAACCACACAGACCUCCAAUCUUAUGCCCGAGCAUGGGUUUGUAUCACCCAACAAUUCGAACAUAAGGCCAUUUUGGGCAAGAUUUUGAAACAACUUGACAAAGACAUAAACGUUGGUAUCUUGGAUGUUGAGGAUUUGGUCACAAGAAUUCAUAGUUUAUUGGUGGAGAGGAAAUGUGUGAUUGUGAUAGAUGAUAUAUGGGAAGAUAUUCAUUGGGAGAUCAUAAAGCAAGCUUUUCCGGUGAAUUGUAAUGUCAUUCUCACCACUCGCUCCCAGAAUAUUGCUAUUCAAGAAUCCGAACCUCACAAGCUGAGAUUUCUGACCGAAGAUGAAGGAUGGGCUUUACUUCAAAAAGUAGCAGAUUUAUCUCCAGAUAUAAAAUCUUUAGAAGAUGUUGGAAGAGAAAUUGUAUCAAAGUGUCAAGGUUUACCACUAUCAAUUCGUGUUAUUGGAGGGAUUUUGCGCUCAAAAGAAUACGAUUUACCAGAAUGGAAAAAGCUGAAGCAAGAAAAGUUUCUGAAGCGCAUUGAUGCUUCUAAAUAUCUGACCGACAUUCUUUCACCAACUCAAACAAGGUUAGUAAUACCUCCAUCCAUUGGCAAUUCCAUAAGCAGAUUAGCCAUCAGUUGUGACUUCGAGCGUGAAGUGUCAGGUAUAGAUGGGUUAGAGGAAGUUAAAGGUCUUAGAUCAUUUAUACUUCUCCAAAAGUCUUAUGGUAUGAUUGACUUCAAAGAGAGUACGAUUGACUUUAAGAUGUCGCAAUACUUGAGGAUAUUUGUGGUAGAAGGUUGUGAGUUUGAAGGGGAAAAGUUACCAAGCAAGGUGGGUGAACUAAUUCAUUUAAGAUACUUGAGUUUGAGGGAUUCUAAUGUGAGAGAGCUACCAAAGUCUAUAUGCAACCUGCCAUACUUGCAGACCUUAGAUUUGCAAGUUCGGGAUGGAAUUAGAUUGCCAAAUGUGAUUUGUAAGAUGAAAAGGCUAAAGCAUUUGUUUCUCCCAUUUGGUGACAUAGAAGUGAUUGGAGGGGAGAAACUAAGACUAGAUGGGCUACACGAGUUGGAGACAUUAGAAUGGAUCAACAGUGAGACAACUUGCAUUGCAGAUAUCCCCAAAUUGAUUAGUCUACAGAGUCUACAUGUUAAAGUUUGUGAUGAGGAUAGCAUGUCAAUUGUGUUGAGCAACAAAAAUAGCCAAUUACGUGAGACUCGUCUUCAUGUUAAGUCAUGUGAUCUAAGUUCAGAGAAAGAUAUGGAGGUUUUAAAUGAGGGGUUGAUGUCUCCAUCGUUGGUUACUUUGAAGAUGGUUGAAUGCAAUAUGAGUGGCGGUUUUCCAUACUACAAACAAGGGAUGUGUCAGAAUUUAGUAACUUUGAGACUAUAUAACUGCAAGGGUAAGGUAGACGUGGAGGAGUUUGGCAAGUAUCCCAUGUUGCAAGUGCUAGCUUUAGAUCACUUUGUCAAGAUGGCAGAAACAAUAACUUUCCGUUCAAAUUCAUUUCCACAACUCAAGCUCCUUGAAUUAUACAAGUUGCCAGAUUUAAAGAAAUGGGAAGUGGAAAAAGGAGCAAUGCCAAAACUUACUUCCUUGUUCAUCGCGGAGUGCCGCAAUUUGGAGAAGGUUCCAGAUGGUUUGAGAUUAUCCUCCUCUCUUCGACAGAUAAAAAUUAUUAAUAUGCCAAGAGAAUUUUCAGAGAGAGUAAAGGAAGAAGAUUAUGGGCCAUUUGUCGAGAAAAGUAUAACAGGAGCAAGUGCCUGAUGUUUUUGGAGGCUCUCCAGCGCACCUCGACGACCAAAACUUACUUCCAUUGUCAUCUUGGAGUGCCCCAAUUUGGAGAAGGUUCCAGAUGGUUUGAGCUCCUCUCUUCGACUGAUGGGAAUCAAUGAGUUUAUACCAAGAGAAUUUAUAGUGAGAGUAGAAGAAGAAGAUUAUGGGCCACUUGUCGAGAAGAAUAUUAAGGGUCCAUUCUAAGACUAGAGUGAUAUUGUGAAGAAGAUUCUUGGCCGUAAGCUGAGAAUUUAGGAGCUAGUGCCUGAUGUUUUUGGAGGCUCUCCAGCGCACUUCCACGACCAACACCUGAGCCACCUACAUCGGCUCCAACACAUCCGCACCGCAACCGACAUCCACAUCAUAUGCUCCAAGAUUAUGUUUAGCUAUUUCUUUAUAGAGUUGAGUCUAUUUUAAGUCUUGUUAUCGAGUCGGUUAUUAUUUUCAUCCGGGUUUUCUUUGUGGUUCUUUCCCGGAUCAGAUUAUGAGAGUCGAACCACAUAGGUUUAGGUCUGUUUUUCCAUUGUAAGUUGAGCAAUACGAACUCAUCUUUUCUGGCCUGUAUCAUAUAUCUUCAUGAUAUUUUAUCAAUUUGUUUUCUUGUAGUACAA